AUGGAUGCCGACGAAGCCGUCUAUACUCUGAUCGACAGAGGGUUUGCCAGAGCAGCGGUAUACAACUUGACACACGGCGAUUUUGCGGGACUGGGCGGCGACUGGCAAGCAGACCCGUCCGAUAUCCAGCUGCUCAUCGAUGGCUUCUCCGACCCGGAUAAUGCAGUUGACAGAGGAUUCACGAUAAACGGUUUCCAGUACACCCUGGAGGUCAGAGAUGAGACCUGCUUUUACUGCCCGUCGGACGCCGGUACCAUCCUAUUUGCACACAAGAACGGCGGCUCCGUUGUCCUCGGGGAGUUUACAACCGGCGCUCUCUCCCUGAAAGAUGCGGAGGUAAAUGUCAAGGAGGUUGCGUAUGCAAUGGCGAUGAAAAGACCGUAA